AUGCUGUUGCUGCUGGAGCUGGGUUAUCUGGUGGUCAGCCAGGAGUUCGAUAUCUCGGGAAGGAAUGCGCGAUGUGUGGUAUUUGGUCAGAAAUUUUCUGGUGGCGUUAAAAACAAAUUUCUGCUGAUCGAGGAAGUGCUGCUGAGCGUUACCUCGUCGCUGUUCCACAGCCUGCAGCCGCUACUACUGCUCAUAGAGGCCCUGCAGAGGCAACCACUCGCAUUCCUUGCUACUCCUUCGGCUACCCGCGCGAACCAGCGCCUGCGUGAGAACUGCAACAGAACGCACAAAUUAGUGACCGUGAAGAUCUGA